UAUUGUUGAUUACAAGGUUAUUCUUAUUAUAUGCAUAUUCAACUUCACAAUAUUGACAAAGUUUUUGUUUCAACGGGUGCGUUUUUUUAUUUGACUACUAAUUUUGAUAUUGGAUGGCGGAAAAGACUGAGAAAAGGGUGACACUUGCAGUAGAAAACGAAAAUGGUGAAGUAAAAGAAAAAGAACAUCUGGUAGAAGAAGCAGACGAUGUCGACAAGAGAGCGAACUGGGGAAGUCAGUUAGAAUUUAUAUUGACCUGUGUCGGGUUUGCUGUCGGUCUCGGCAAUGUAUGGAGAUUUCCUUAUCUCUGCUUUAGAAAUGGUGGAGGAGCUUUCCUCAUUCCAUAUUUCAUUUGCCUAGUUAUGAUUGGUAUACCUUUAUUUUACCUUGAGCUAUGCUUGGGACAAUUCUGUAGUCUUGGACCUAUUAAAGUAUGGCGGAUAAACCCUUGGUUCAAAGGUCUUGGUGUAACCAUGUUGGCAAUCUCCAGCCUUGUGUCCAUAUACUACGCUGUUAUCAUUGCAUACUGCACUUAUUUCUUCUUUGCGUCGAUGCAACCGGAAGUUCCAUGGAAGUACUGCGAUGAAGCAUGGAGUACAUGUAACUGUCGAGACGGCACUCAGAACGAUUCACUUCAAGAUCCUUGGAACGGCACAAGAUUGGAAUGUUUAAAUUUUACAUAUGAAGAAAAUGCAACAGUGGCAGCAAGUGACGAGUAUUUCAGUAACGAAGUUCUACAACUUUCAAGUGGUAUAGAAGAUAUGCAGAAUCUUAAAUGGGAUCUUUCGUUAUGUAACCUGUUUGUCUGGCUUCUGACAUUCUUAGUUUUAUCUAAAGGAAUCAAAUCACUAGGCAAGGUUGUUUAUUUUACCGCCAUUUUCCCUUACUUCCUUCUAACAGCACUACUUAUCCGCGGUUGUACAUUGGAAGGGCAUAUGGAGGGAAUCAAGUUUUAUCUGACUCCAUAUUUUGAGAAACUAAAAAAGGCUGAGGUUUGGAGUGAUGCAGCUGUACAAAUAUUCUACUCUCUUGGUACUUGUGUUGGGGGUCUGAUAGCUAUGUCCAGUUACAACGAAUUCAGGAAUAAUUGCCUGAGGGAUGCGUUGAUGAUUCCUCUCAUUAACUGCCUGACCAGUUUUUAUGCUGGAUUCGUUACAUUUUCUAUACUUGGAUUUAUGGCGCAUAAGAAAACCACUACUGUGGACAAAGUAGCUGCUGGGGGUCCAGGACUUGCCUUCAUAGUAUAUCCUGAGGCAUUAGCACAGAUGCCUGUGUCCCCUGUUUGGGCUGUUCUCUUUUUUCUAAUGAUGAUGAUUCUAGGAUUCAGUUCAAUUUUUUCCAUGACAGAAACAGUUAUAACUGGGAUAUACGAUCAAUUUGAAGACUUCAUGAAGAAAGAUAAAAGGCGAUUAUAUUUCUUCCGUCUAUUUGUUUGUUUCUUCUUCUUUGUACUUGGUCUUCCAAUGGUUACCAAGGGUGGACUGUAUAUGCUUAACCUUCUAGAUAACUAUGUUGGAGGUUUCCCUUUGCUCAUUGUUGGAGUAGUAGAAAUAAUAGUAGUAAUAUAUGUAUAUGGAUUUAGUUUUUCAACCUCUGACACUGAAAAAUAUCCCAUGCGCUUUCUUAGAGGUUUUCUACAUUUCAAGACUGACAUAGAGAUGAUGCUUGGUAGAACUAUAUUUACUACUGUGACGUUUUAUUUCUUUGGAGUCAUGUGGUGUGUUGUAGCACCUAUAAUACUAUUGCUUGUCGUGAUACUUAAAGCACUCCAGUAUGAGCCAAUAAAGUUAGGAUCCUAUGUUUAUCCUAACUGGGCCAAUGCUUUAGGUUGGCUUACUGUUCUGUUUUCUGUGUUGUUCAUUCCUGGCUGGUGGAUGUAUUAUUUUAUAACAAAGGACAUUUCACGGGGCUGCAGACCACGAACUACUUGGGGACCAUCACAGAUGGCGAAAAAAGACUGGUCCUUCUUUAUACAUCCAUUUAAGAAAUCACGGAGUCGAAUAGACCUUCGACGUUUUAGUCAACCAAACGUUGUUACGCCUAAACGAUCACUUAGAUCCAAAUCAGCUCCAUUUCUAUAUACGCUAGACGAAAUAACACAUGAACAAUCUCCAGAUAAAGUUCAAGAUCUAUAGUUCUGAUCAACAUAUCGUAUUUGCUUCAUAUUUACAAGUAUCGUGUUCAAGAUUAUAACAAGUCUUGAGAGUCUUUUUACAUCUUCAAACCUCAGAUAUUGUGCCGUGUAAAAUUAAAAUCAUCGCUCAUGAUCUCAAAAAAGUAAGAGACAUGUAUAAGACUACAUAAAGGGAAAGAUCUUUAGAGUCAUUGUAAAAACAUGUAUUCUAAAUCUUGUUGAAGAUGACUUACAUUUUAUUAUUAGUUGUCCAGCAAACACCGAUGAUAGGGCUAUAUUUUAAACGCAGAGGUAAACAAUUAUAAAUCAUAUGUUUUCGGUAUAUAUCUGUAGUGAAAUAUAUCAUUAAUAAAUGAGCUUUUCGGAUAGAAAUCGACUAUAUUCUAGUGCACGUUUACAUGUAUAUGUCGUCGUGUGAAUCUUAUAGUGUUAUUUAUCCCCUUCUGAUAAAAAUGAAAAUAGCUAUAUAUUUGAGAUCCAAGUGCAAUGGCCUAUCUCCCUAUAUAAUACGAGGUUUUUUUCACUCUACCAGUUUUUGUCAGAACUACACGGUUCUAUAUCCACACCCCAAUUGGAUUAUAAUGGCUUAUUCAUUUAGUUAGUUCAGAGAAACAUAUUUUUAUAAUGUUGUAUCUCCACUAUUUCUCAUGCAUUUUUGCUGUUAAAUAAUUGUUAACAAAAUUAUCUUAGUCGUCCUAUGGUUAAAUGGUUUGCAUGGUUUGAACUCAAUCCUUGAGCAAUUCUUAUCAAAUCCAGCAGUACAGAAUUGGGGAUAUUGCAAAGUUAAAAAGUUCAUGGUCUAUCUUCAAUGGAAAUAUAUGGAUACAUUCAAAAAACUACAUUGUUUGUAGUGAAAUAUUCUAUCUCAAGGGGAUGCUUUAUUUAUCUAAGUUGCUUGUCUAUUAAAUAAAAACAAUCGAAAAAGAGUUAUUCUUCAUGUACGUCAAUUUGAUUCCUGUAUAACUUUUUAUGUCUGAGUCCAAUAUUUAUGAUAUUGAGCUUUAUAUUACCAAAUAGGAAAUGCAUCAUUAUAAGAUUCACACGACGAUGUGUAACACUUUGAUUGAUUUUGGAACAUUCAAAUACGAAAUAAAAGAGGAAUUUUGGUCUGUUUUGUAGGGUUCUUAUAUCAACUCAAUUUUCAAACAGUUACAGACUGCAUAAACAUUUUUUCAACCCGAAACAGAUGUAUAGAUAUGCAUUUGCAGAAGGUCGAUUACUAUCCCACGCAGCUCAUAAUUUAAUGUAUAGAGAUAAUGUUAGAUGAGAUGUAUACAGCCGUGUCUUGAAUAUCACGGACAUUGUUUAUCAAUCAUAGUGUCAUGUUAAUAUGAAUGUCAUGUGGCCCAAUCAAGAGCCAAUAACUAGAAUAAUUAAUAUUCUUUUAUAUUCUAAUAUGAAGUAUCAAGAGUUAUCUCUCAUUUGUAUAUUUAUUUAAAAAGCGGGUAGAUUGAUUGAUUCUUUGUUUGUUGGUAUUAAGGUGGUACCCAACACCUUGACUAAUAUUAAUUUGGCUCGUUUAAUUUUCAUAAAAUUUUGACAAAAUGUUUACUUUGACCAUUUGACAAAAAUAUAAAAAUUUCAAAAAAUUUGAACCAACCACUUUAUCAAAAAAAUUUCAUUGGUUAUAUAGCAGUUUGACAAACACUAAUUUUGAUCAUUGAGAAGCUUAAUAUUUCCUUAACAAUACAACGUGAUUAAAACGUUUAGCUGAUUUUUACAGAGUUAUCUCCCUGUAGUGUUAGGUACCACCUUAAACGCCAAUUUCAGUACUAUUGGCUAUGUCGUGGAAGCCAGUUUUAUUGGUGGAGGAAGCCGGAGUACCCAGAGAAAAGCACAGCGAUCUUUGUCUGGAAAUCUGACAAUCAUAUAAGUAAUUAAGAUUGGAGUCCAACGUCCGGGGUUCCAACUCACAACCUCAGUAUUGAUAGGCUAGUGAUACAAAAGAUUGCACUACUUUGAUCACUCGGCACCGAGGCCCCUAAGAAGGGAAGACAAUCAGGUCUUAUAUGCAGCUGAAAAUAUUGCUAAAGAUUUGUAUUAUUGGAUAAAAAAACUAUUGUAUUGUAUAGUGUAUGCUUGUGACACUGUUAUAGUCAAAAUGUCUGUAUAGUAAAUAUUGUAAUUGUGUAUUUAUAUUGUAUGUAUCUAUACUAAUCAAUAUUGUUUAUUCCUCUGUAUAUAUGUUUGUUGUGUAGGUCCAUUAUUGGUAAUAAAGUUAGUUGUUGUUGUUGUCAAAAUUAAUGCUUAAAUGUGUAUAACUGUCAUAUUCGAUUUUCGUAAAUUGAAUUAAAUUCACACUUUUCAUGUCGGAGCCUUUUAUAGCAUACUACAUGGCAAGAGUUUUUCUCAUUAUCAGUGUAGGCCAUACGGUGACAUCCACGUCAUUAGAACUAUGGUGAAUAGUUGUCUCAUUGGCAAUCAUACCACAUCUCCUUAUUUUUAUCCAAGGUGAAAGAUUGAUUGGUCAAUCAUUGUUUGCUUAACGUUCAGUGGCAAAUAUUUCUUGUAUAUUCAGAACAAAAUAACAAUAAAUAUGUAUUGCAGGUUCUGCCAAGGGGUUGAUAGUGAUGUAGGGCCCGAUUAGGUGGUGUUGCAUCUUACGAAGUUUAUCCAAAUUAUUUUAACAAAGAAUUCCGCUCAAGCUGGUGCUAGGGGUCGUUUUAAACUUGCAGUGAGGUAAGAGUUUUUUUGCUCGGUGUUGAAGUCCUCACUGUGACUUUGAGAUGAAGAACAGCAAUAAAAGCGCUGUUCCUUUGCUUUUUGUGUGUUUUGUUGCUGUGCAUGUACUGAUUUUGUGUCAUGGAUGUAUACCCCAUAUCCUUUGUUUUUCCAUUAAAUGUCACUAGAAAAAGAGGUCAGGGAAGCAAGUUUGGCUUACAUAAGGGGAGAUAACUCAGAUAGUAGGGGAGAUAACUCAGAUAAGUAAUUUUUAUAAUAGAAAGUGUUAUGAAUUUACCUAUUUUAAUAUGUAGCAAGAAAACAAGUCUGGUGACCCCAUUUUUUCUUUUUCUUUUCUGAAAGCAUGUUAUAAGAGCUAUCUUCUCACAUUUUAUCUUAAAAUUCUAUGGUGUAGUUUUCUUUUUAUCACACACAAUUGGAUUUUCCAUGCAUAAUCUAUACAAAAUCUGACAAUUUAGCACAACUUGUAGCGUGAAAAAAAGUCCGGUGACCCUUACUUUUUAUUAUAUUU